CUACCUGAGCUUGGGCCCUGGGGACAGAGGAGGAGGGAACAAGGGUAGACAGCCUCACUGAGCUGUCUACCUAGGGGGGGUUCAACUCAUAUGGACAAGGCCAAUGGUUCUGCUGGAAGCUCCGGAGGUCCCUGGUGGGUGACCUGCAACCAGCAUCCCUGCUCCAGAGGAGGAUGAAUUAAUUGAACCAUAUCAAGAUCCGUUCACAAGAGUGGUCACUGUUAAAGUUCUACCAAGGACAGAGACUCGCCCUCUUGUCGUUUACAGUGCAUAUUUAGCUCUUAGCUUGCAGGCAUCUAACGUAAGCACACAGGGUCAUUUGUAUAAACAUACUGACUGAGUGGAUGCUUCUUGAUCCUUGACUCCUGUCAGCCGAGAGGAGUUUCCCAUGGGGCUUUAGAAAAGACCAGUCAAUCUUGGAUACCUGGUGUUUGCAGAUCUGUCGUGCUCCGGACUGAGUGCAGGCGAGCUCACAUUGUGGCCUCUGUUGAACGAAGUGGAUAUAUCUGUUCUUAAGAGAGGUGCAACAGUUGAUGUCUUUAGCUGGAAACUCUGCUUUAUGAGGUCUCAAGUAAGCACAUUGCUGCUUCACUGCACAGGAAUGUCCUGUCAUGGUGUGUCUGGCAGGGGCAACAAGAGAAGGAAAGUGUGUCUCUUAGAGCACUAACAUAGUUCGACUACUCUGACUGCAAAUAGUCAAUCUUGUGAGAUUUUCCAACCUAUUCAGUGUCCCAGAUGUGGUGGGAAGGAGUCCAAAGACAGCAUUUUCCUCCAUCACUGUUGCAGCCCGGAAUGUUUUACCAUCACUUUCCACCUCUGAGGACCCUGUGUAUCCAUCAUCUCCAGUAAAGGGAUCAACUUGCCAAACCUACCAGAAACAUUUUGGAGAGGAACCUUAUUUUUACCCACGAGCACAAUGAGAGUCUCAAAGCCCCAACCGGACGUGGGCAAACAGAAACCUACAAUUGUGACACCAAAUGAGGUCAGACCAUCUUUCUCACCAGCAGAUGGAUUCCUAGUGAGAGAUCCAGCAAGGAGGAAUGCACAAGUUGUACAACACAGACUGAGCUACACAGAGGGUGACUUAAAGCGAGAUGUAUUAGGUGGCUCAUUAAUGAACCUGUCCUCACUGCCUUCCUACCGGUCUUAUAUCCAUCGUGAAGUGCCUCUAAGGUCCACUAGCUCUGUUGUGUUUUUAGACAAGUCACUUUCCAUUUCCCUUGUGGAACUAGAGGGAAGAGGAGCAGGUCAACCUGCGUUGUACAGAUCCACCUUGUCUGUUCGCAUUGGUGUCGCAUCCUGCUGCAGAUCCUCCACAGAUACCAGACCAGCCAAAACCAAAAGGGUUUACGGGAGACCCAGAGCCUCAAUGCUGGACAGUAACAAGCCCAAUGGCCAAGACAGGGGUUUGGGUCACUGCAUCAGCCCUCUAUCAAAGCAGCAGGGCCACAAGGUUGAGCUAACAGCGCACGCUAAUGGUUAUACCAACAAGGCUGAUGAUUCAGACACACAGCACCACAACUCUGCUUUGGGAUUAUUGUCAUUCAGAGGGCCAAGCCCCUCAUACACAAAGGCUGGCAGGAAAAAGGGGAAUGCAGAUGAGGCAGCCUUCCCUUCCCAGAGCAAUUUCAGGCUCAGGCAGCCUACUUUCAAUAUUGGCCCAGUGGACUCAGGGAGCAAGCAUACAGUGACGGACAUCAGAGAAGAACAUGGGACACCCAAGACUCUCAGCCUCAAAGAGGCUUUGGAGCUCUUCAGGCCUGACUUCAUCGGCCGAUCUCAGGGUCGAGUGAAGAGGUUGGAGCAGAGAUCCAGGAGAAGGAGAGUGCUGCAGGACUCCAAUCCAGACCUGGUGCAGGGCCUCGGGGAGGAUCAGGGCAAACUGAAGAGGAACUGCACCACACCCGAUCCACUUAGUGAUAACCUUUUCAAGCCCAGGGAGAGGUCUAUAUCAGGCAGAGAGAUGCAGCUGAGGUCCAGACGGAUUUACAACAAGCUGCCAGAGGUGACAAGGAAAAAGGAGGAGGAGAAAAAGAGGGUUGUGUCACAGACCAACAGAUUGCGAGCAGAGGUCUUUAAAAAGUUCUGCGAAGGAGAGAGAACCUUGUUUCGUCGUUGGCCUCCCAUCUGCCUCAAGGCCUCUGGAACCUCCCAUCCGGAACAGUGGAAUUCCAAGCUAAUCGAACUCAGGAGACGCGCAGCGCCUGUGAAAGGGGCCUUUGUCACAGCACUCCAAACGAGGGAUGACAUUGUAAUAAGAGAGGAGACUUCUGAGCACAGCUUGGGACCACAAGUCCACAUGUAGCCUGUAGAGGUGACUGACAUCUUAAGCAGAGUCUGCAGGGAGGAGGAGAUAACAGGGGAAGGGCAUGUGCCGCGGGUCUCAGACAAACACACUCUGUUGUGGCAGACUGUUGGUGAGUGGAUCGCUCGGGAGUUUAAUACUGAAUGCGUUUUAAACCCCAAACAAAAUGUCAGCUUAAAUGUUGAAUCAACUUAGAAUUUGAUUUUUUGCUGCUGUGUUUUAACUUCCCUUUACUGUCAAUUAUGGUCCAUAGCAAGCAACAUAAUGUAUGUACUGUAAAAUAGUGCUGCUACUUACUGACUUUACUGAUGCCUACGUUACCAGCAAGGCCAUUCAAAAAGUGUAAUCCACAUGGGAGAAUUGCCCCCAUGCCAUGUAGCCCAUGCUCCAGAUGAUGACCACAGACUGACAUGCAGUUGUAUGCAAGAAAUAAAGGACUCCUGUCAGUCAUCCUCUCUCUCUCUC